AACAUGAAAAAAGAAGAAAAAAGAGGCGUGUGUUUUGUCCUUUCUUUCUUUACUUCAUUCUUUCCUCCCCUGCCUGGCGCCUCUCUCUCUCUCUUAUAGGUGCGGGCGGUGCUGCCUGUGGAGGAGGGCGCAGCUGUGUACCACUGUGAGGCGCAGCUGGACGGCAGAACCAUUGUGACUCACUGCUUGGAGAAGAACAAGGCAGAGAAGGUGUACAAGGAGGCUUUGAAAGAGGGGAAGACUGCCCUCAUGACACGAGAAGACCCUGACUCAAGCGACAUUCUCACGCUUAACCUCGGCAACUUUCCUGCGGGAACGAGGGCCAAGGUCACCCUUCGUCUGGUGAUGGAGUUGAGGGCUGAGACAGACGGCAUCAUCAGCUUUGUUUUGCCCACAGUACUCAACCCGCGCUACACCCCUGCUGACCACCCUCGCAGGCAAGAUUGGGACUGGAGGUGGGAGGAUCGAGGGGUGUAUGUGACACAGCCUUACUCCAUGGAGGUGAAGGCACAAGUAUGUGGUAACCACCAGAUAUCUCGGAUCGUCUCCCACACUGACCCACUCAACGUGACCCUGACUGAUGAUGCCAUGUCUGCCCAGGUGAGCCAGGACGGAGGGUUCAGCUGCGACCACGACUGGAGCAUGCUGGUGUACUACAGGAGUGCCUAACGGCCCCACCUGUUGCGGGAGACCGGUGAACGCUCUGCCACUGGGAUCAUGAAGGAUGACCUGCUCAUGCUGAACCUCUUCCCAGAGGUGCCCACCAACACCUACUCCAGCAGGAAUGAGAUUAUCUUUGUCAUCGACCGCUCAGGAAGCAUGCAUGGGGAAAAGAUAGAGAGUGCCCGGGCAACACUUCUUCUGUUCCUGAAGAGUCUGCCUCUGGGUUGCCUCUUCAACAUUGUCAACUUCGGCUCAUCCUUCUCAGUGCUCUUCAAGAAGUGAGUGGUCCAGACUGGGUUAGGAUAAGUGAGAGGUCAUUCUUCCUCUUCCUCCUAUAUUUAUCUUGUCUCAUCUUUCUCAUCUUCUAUCUUUUAAUUUACUUCCAUUCCUCCUCCUCC